GGAGUCGGUGAACUUGCUUCGUGAUCGAUAUCAUUGUGCGACGCAGCCCAUGGCGGUAUUUCACUGGUAAAAGUGAACUUUUCCAUAAUUUUGGGAUACGACUAUAAAUAUAAAUGUUGAUCUCAGAGCUGCGCGCGAGCGCGAGGACGCGCCGGAAUUGAGUAACAUCGGCAUGUCGUUGGCGACGCUGGUCAUGUAACGAUCCCGGAUACGUCGUCGUCGUUUCACAAACGAGCGAGCGAGCGAACGGGUGCGAGCAGUUCGACGCGCCGAGGCCAAGAUUUUUUAGUUGAAUGUUGGAAUAUUGUCUCUCCAUCGAUAAUUCGAAUCGCAGAGUACUGAAUACAAUUAAUAGAUUGUUUAAAUCGAUAAAUUGGAGCACUCAAUUUGAUGCCGUAUUUCUGAAACGUGAGGACUGGUCAGGCAACCUGUCCGCCGACUAUUUCUAGGAAACUAUUUCUUGGGUCGACUAUCGUUCAGUACGUACGAUAUUUGAACAGGGAUAAAGACAGGAGAAAGAGAUACAGUAAUAUUGUAGUCCCAACCUAAGACAGAUAUUCAUUAGUAUAAGGAAGAAAAAUGUCAGAAUAUCUGCGAAUGACAGAAUCAGGAUAUUCUAUUUUGAUAAGAUCGAGGGUGAACUACAGUUGAAUAUAUAUUGCUGACAACCAUAUAUGGUCAUAGUAAGCAAGGAUGGGCUUCUCCACAAGCCUACAAGGUCAGGCAUCACAUGAGGCAUUGCUGGGUCGCCAAGAUGCUGAAAUCAAAUUGCUGGAGACUAUGAGAAGAUGUCUCACAACAAAGAUCAAGUCUGACCGCGAGUAUGCUUCUACUAUUUCCUCACUUACUACUCAGGGGAAGAAGAUUGAUCGUAACGAAGAUCUUGUUGGGAGUCUUAUAGUACAGAGCUGGAAAGACAUAAUGGACUCUAUUGAUCAGACAGCAAAGUUAAUUAAACUACAGGCUGACUCUAUUGAGAAUAUUGUAGUGGAUCAAUUAAGUGCAUUGUAUGCAGAAAGGAGAAGAGCCAGAAAGUUGUAUCAAGAGGAGCAGACUUGGCUGAAUAACCAGUUUCAACAAUUAACAGAUGAUGUAGCUAGGAAAAAAAUGGAAUAUCAGAAGAAUCUGGAAAUGUAUAAAUUGAUGAGGUCACGAUUUGAAGAACAUUAUGUUAAAUCUGGUAGAGGUGGUCGCAAGUUAGACGAAGUGAGAGAAAAGUACCAGAAAGCAUGCAGGAAACUUCAUUUAACACACAAUGAAUAUGUAUUAUUAUUGGGUGCUGUGACAGAAUGUGAGCAUGAUUUAAGAACUUGCUACUUGCCAAGCUUGCUUCAUCGGCAACAAGCUAUUCACCAAGAAUUUAUAACUUCAUGGAAAGGAAUACUUCAUGAUAUUGUAAAAUAUUGUGAUUUUACAACAGAAAAGUUCUUAGAAAUACAUAUACGAAUGCAAAAGGCAGUCGAUAGUGUGAAGCCUAUCGAAGAGUAUAGAGAUUUUAUUGGAAAACAUAGAACUAGGCCGGUGUCUCCAAUCAGAUUCACAUUUGAUGAGAAUCUUGUAGAUGACACUUCAGGAAAAUUAUCACCGAACAAAUUGACCGUGGAUAAUUUGACUAUAGAUUGGUUGAGAAGUCGUCUGACAGAACUCGAAACUUCUCUCAAGACCACACAACAAAAUCGACAAAGUCCGCAAUUCCUACAAGAAAACAACAGUGAUUCUAAAAUCUCAAUCUUGGAUUAUUCUCGUGAAAGAGAAGAAUUGAGAUUACGUUGUCAGGAAAAGAAGUUACAGAGGCAAAUAGAUGUCAUAAGAGGUGCUCUCAAUGAAUUAGGCUGUGAAGAGUUACCUUCGGGUUGUGACCUUUCCAUGGAAGGUUCUUUCACCGAUUCACCUGCCAUUAGCAAAAGAAACACAAUCCCAGACAGUGGUCUAUUUACGUUAAGAAGAAACCAACGAUUCAUGACAAUAUUUAAAUCACCUUUCAAAUCUUUGCCAACAAUUAAUGAUUCAAAAAAUGGAGUGAUUAGGGCGAAUAGUGAAGGACCUACAGUCAAAGCAGACAAUAUUCCCCCUGUUGUACCAUUGCGCGGAAUUUCCCAUUUAACUAAUAACCAAAAAAGUAACGGCAAUGGUGGGCUUAUGGAAGAGGAGUGGUUUCACGGAGUAUUACCGAGGGAAGAAGUUGUAAGAUUACUCGUCAAUGAGGGGGACUUUUUGGUACGCGAAACGACAAGGAAUGACGAAUGUCAGAUAGUUUUAUCCGUAUGUUGGGAUGGUCACAAGCAUUUUAUUGUACAAACUACGCCAGAGGGACAUUAUAGGUUCGAAGGACCCACAUUUCCAUCUAUCCAAGAGUUGAUCAAGCAUCAAUGGUUGUCGAGUCUACCGGUGACUAGUCGAUCUGGUGCUAUUCUUAAGACGCCAAUUUUGCGCGAGCGCUGGGAACUUAAUAACGAUGAUGUCAUUCUUUUGGAGAAAAUAGGUCGAGGGAAUUUUGGGGAUGUUUAUAAAGCACAAUUGAAAACUUGCAAGACCGAUGUGGCCGUGAAAACCUGCAAAGUAACGUUACCGGACGAGCAGAAACGCAAGUUCCUACAAGAAGGGAGAAUACUAAAGCAAUAUGAUCAUCCAAAUAUAGUUAAACUUAUCGGUAUAUGCGUGCAGAAACAGCCAAUCAUGAUCGUGAUGGAAUUAGUGCCUGGUGGCUCGUUACUCACAUAUUUGCGAAAAAACGCUAGUACAAUAACGCAACGAGAAGAGCUGCGUAUGUGUAAGGAUGCUGCAGCUGGUAUGCGCUACUUGGAAUCUAAGUAUUGUAUUCAUAGAGACUUGGCGGCUCGCAAUUGUCUCGUAGGAUACGAAUGCAUAGUAAAAAUUUCCGACUUCGGCAUGUCACGGGAGGAGGAAGAAUACAUAGUUUCAGGCGGCAUGAAACAAAUUCCCAUCAAGUGGACCGCACCGGAGGCACUAAAUUUCGGCAAAUACACAUCGCUCUGCGACGUGUGGAGCUACGGAAUCUUGAUAUGGGAGAUAUUUUCCAAAGGCGGCAAUCCAUACAGCGGUAUGUCGAAUUCACAAGCACGCGAAAAGAUAGAUGCAGGAUAUCGAAUGCCUGCUCCGGAUGGAACACCCGACGAGAUUUACCGUUUAAUGUUGCGAUGCUGGGAAUAUGAACCGGAGAAACGGCCGCAUUUUGAUCAGAUAUAUACAGUGGUUGAGACACUGUCUCAAGCGUAUCUGUGAGUACUAGAGGUAUUUCUUAUGAAUACAGAGAAGCAGUGUAUCAAGUUGGUGCUAGUUUUUCUUGACAUCGAGUUCGCUGACCAUCAUUUUGUAUAUUUACAUAUUAUUACUGAAAUCUCACACGACAGUAUACAGAAUUUGGAACUUAAAUGUACAAAAUUAUCGUGAUUUAUCGUGAUUAUAUUUUAUUAAUUUGUUGUUGCUCGUUUGUAUUUGAUGCUAGUGACUUUAUCGAGAAAAGCGUGCACAAAUCGUUGUGCAUAUAGUUUUUAUAAUAUUUGAAUAUAUAUCUGUGUACAUAUUCAGUUUCUGUACGGUUUGAAUGCUUUUAACUUCUAAAAUUAACUUUAACAGGUGCGUUCCAAAUUUCAUCGAGAAAAAAAAGAUGUGUUUAAAUCGUAUUGAAACUGAGUACACUUGUGAAUUUGCAAAAUGUAUAUAUAAUUGUUAAUAAGCCAUUGUAUAUAAAAUCAUGUCAACUACGAAUACCACGUAAUGAUCAUGUUUUAUAUUGGCGAUGUUAUAAAUUAUAUUAUAUUUCUUUCCGUCCAUAUGUAUUUCAGCUUGUGUUACAACGAGUCAUUACUGUUGUAUUAUUUUGAUAGUAUUUGAAUAUAUGCACAUACAUACAGGAUAUAAAUAAAUAUUCAUUACAAAUUUCAAGGCACGGUAGAAAGAAAUAUGACAGAAAGAAAUAAUUUCUGAACUUAUAUGUUUUGAAAAUUUGUAAUAGGCGUACAUUUAUAUCCUGUAUGUGUGAAAAAUGGGGUGAUGUAUAAGUUCGCCUUCGUCAAGUACAAGUUAUGUUGUACAUAUCGCAACAGGAAAGUUGUCUUGCUUUUCUCGUUACAUUUCAGAACGAAUUCUAUUUUAUUCUAUUCUAUUUUAUAAGAGCGAUGGAAAAGAAUUUUCACACACAGCGUGUCGUUUUCUGAUGUCACAAUCAGAAUAACACCGGGAGAAGUACUAAUAAUAGCCUUGAUCUAACUGAAAUUGGUGCAGAUGCAGGAAGCAGAAUUUCUUUUUCAUUUUAUAUAAAGAAAAUGUAUAUGAAAGUGGGACAAAAAACGUUUCUGUCUAAAAGUGUACCAUAAAUAAAUGCGCGAAUUGUCAUUGUGUGAUUAGA